AUGCCUAAUUUGACAACCUUAACACUCAAUAAUUAUCACUUCAAUUGGGAGAAUGAAACAGGCUUACACCUUACUCAUCUAAGUAAGUUAUUCCUUGUUGAUUGUACUUGGGAAUACCCCUUUGAUUUAAGUCAAUUUAAUAUUAAUAACUCGUUGAAUAAAUUAUUCAUCCAGUAUACAAAUAAUAACUCAUUCAUAUUACUGGAACGAUUUACCAAAUUCCUAGAAAAUCCUACAAAUUCUCAAUAUACUGCUAUACAAGAAUUAUCAAUUUUAUUUACCAACUUUGAUCAGCUGUGGCUAAAACCUUUAUCAACCAAACAGUUGGCCAGAUUUAUUGGAAAUCACUUCCCUGAUUUAAUAUAUCUAAGGCUCUCUGGGUGGCUCUUAAAUUUGAAAAAUUUCAAUUCUUAUAUGAGUUUACUUGAAGACAAUAAUUUGAAAGUAUUGGACUUAUGUGUUACCGAUUCCUCAUCUACACCCAAUAAUGACAAAUUAAUUCGUGAUAUUCUUCAAAACUCAAAAACCCAUUUUCCUUGGAUGAAAUUGGUGUUACGAACUUCACUCCACCAUUUGUCACACCACUAA